CCGAAACAUUUUUUUCCCCUUCUCUCUUGCGCCUUUCCCUGCUUUUUUGGGAUCAGCCCACAAGUGACUGGCUCUCCGGUGACGCAGUGUCUACUCUGAAGCUUCCUUUGAAGCAUUAGCAGACAGGCAGAGCCACUUUUUCUUUUUUUUUUCCGGUGUUCCUCUCCUCCUUCUCUGUCUUUCCACCCCCCUCUCCUCCAGCGUCCUCCCCUCCUGAGCAAGAGGAGGACAGAAGGGAGACAACAGUUACCCAGCUCAGGACUUCUGCAAGGAGAGAAGGCGAGUGUGUGUGUGUAGGGGGGGGAUCCAGCCUCCAUCCAAAAAAAAACCCCAAAAACCCUUCAGCAAAACCUAUCCCCGGGCAUGAAACUCACUAAUCUCGCCUGCUCUCCAUGGCCACGGAUGCUGCAAUACACUUUGGUCUGCGUCUUGAGCCUUGAUCUGCGUCUCGGCGCUGCUCGCUCAGAUUCCAAGGUGUUUCUGAUUUACAACAGCAGGCUGCAGGGCUGCUUGGAGACCAAGGACACCCUGGUGAAGGUCUCUAAAUCCUGCAACGUCAGCGCCCCAGCCCAGCAGUGGAAAUGGGUCUCCCGGAACCGACUCUUCAACCUUGGGACCAUGCAGUGCCUCGGGGUCGCCUGGCAGGGCAUCAACUCCACCGCAACGGUGCAGUCACUGGCCACCUACGAGUGCGACCGCGAGUCUGUCAACAUGAGGUGGAGCUGCCGGAGCUUAGGGGAGCAUCUCUCUCAGUAUCUGAACGCCAAGGCAGGGAACCUCUCCAUGGCUCCUGCCGAGAGAGGAGAUCAGGCGCGCGGCGGGCAGUGGAGCGUUUAUACCACCCAUGAAGAUUUGUGCUCCAGCCCCUACUCUGAAAUUUACACCAUCCAAGGCAAUUCCCAUGGGAAACCCUGCACCAUCCCCUUCAAGUAUGACAACCAGUGGUUCCACGACUGCACCAGCACGGGCCGGGAGGAUGGGCAUCUGUGGUGCGCCACCACGCAGGAUUAUGGCAAAGAUGAACGAUGGGGCUUCUGUCCCAUUAAGAGCAACGACUGCGAGACCUUCUGGGACAAGGAUCACCUGACCAACAGCUGCUACCAGUUCAACUUCCAGUCCACCCUGUCCUGGCGGGAGGCGUGGAGCAGCUGCGAGCAGCAGGGGGCCAACCUGCUGAGUAUCACCGAGAUCCACGAACAGACCUACAUCAACGGGCUGCUGACAGGAUACAGCUCCACCCUCUGGAUCGGGCUCAACGACUUGGAUAUGAACGGGGGCUGGCAAUGGUCAGACAACUCGCCCCUGAAGUACCUCAACUGGGAGAGCGACCAGCCUGACAAUCCUAGCGAAGAAAACUGUGGAGUGAUCCGGACGGAAUCCUCGGGGGGCUGGCAGAACAGGGACUGCAGCAUUGCACUGCCGUAUGUUUGCAAGAAGAAACCCAAUGCCACCUCCGAUCCGUUCAUGACAGACUCCUGGUCGGAGGUGAAGGUUGAUUGUGAGCCUACCUGGCAGCCCUUCCAGUCCAGCUGCUACCGGCUGGUUGGCGAGAAGAAGAGCUGGCAAGACGCGAAGAAGAUCUGCUUGCGCGGUGGUGGGGACCUGGUGAGCAUCCACACGCUCUCCGAGCUGGAGUUUGUCACCAAACAGGUCAAGCAAGAUGUUGAGGAGCUCUGGAUUGGCCUGAACGACCUCAAGCUGCAGAUGAAUUUUGAGUGGUCAGAUGGGACGCCGGUGAGGUUCACGUACUGGCACCCCUUUGAGCCCAACAACUUCCGAGACAGCCUGGAGGACUGUGUGACCAUCUGGGGACCGGAAGGGAGGUGGAACGACAGCCCGUGUAACCAGACGCUGCCCUCCAUCUGUAAGAAGCCUGGCCGGGUGAGCCAGCGGGGAGAGGAGGAGGAGGAGGACCAUGGCUGCAGGAAGGGCUGGAAAUGGCACAGCCCCUCCUGCUAUUGGCUAGGAGAAGACCGUGUGACUUACAGCGAUGCACGGAAGAUGUGCAUUGACUUCGGGGCCACCCUCGUCACCAUCACCAACAGGUUUGAGCAGGCGUACGUCAGCAGCCUCAUCUAUGGCUGGGACAGGGAGUAUUUCUGGACGGCGCUGCAGGACAUCAACGAGACGGGCGCUUUCCGCUGGCUGAGCGGCGACGAGGUCAUGUACACCCACUGGAACCGCGACCAGCCCGGUUACAACAAAGGCGGUUGCAUCGCCCUGGCCACGGGGAGCUCCAUAGGGCUAUGGGAGGUGAAGAACUGCAGCACGUUCAAGGCCAAAUACAUCUGCAGGCAGAACCUGGGCACCCCGGUGAACCCCGAGUUACCAGCCCCAUACCCGACACCCAGCCUCACCGGCUCAUGCCCCCAGGGAUGGAGCUCAGACUCCAAGCUCCGACAUUGCUACAAGGUGUUUAACUACGACAAGCUGCAGGACAAAAAGACCUGGAUUCUGGCCCAGCUGUUCUGCCGUGACCUGGGGGCGCAGCUGCUCAGCCUGGGCAGCUAUGAGGAGGAGCAUUUUGUGGCCAACACCCUGAACAAGAUCUUCGGUGAAUCGGAACCGGAGAUCCAUGAGCAGCACUGGUUCUGGAUUGGCUUGAACCGGCGGGAUCCUGGAGCAGAGAGGAGCUGGAGGUGGAGCGACGGCCUCGGGUUUUUCUACCACAACUUUGACCGCAGUAACCAUGACGAUGACGACAUCCGUAACUGUGCAGUGCUGGACCUGGCUUCCUUGCAGUGGAUGCCAAUGCAGUGUGAGUCACAGCUGGACUGGAUCUGCAAACUGCCCAAAGGUGCUGACGUGAAGGAGCCAGAGAUACCCACCCAAGGCAGCAAAGAGUGGGUGAAAUAUCAGGAUGCAGAAUACAAAUUCUCUGAGCAUCACUCAACCUGGGUGCAGGCUCAGCGGAUCUGCAUGUGGUUUCAAGCUGAGUUGGUGUCUGUUCAUAACCAAGCCGAGCUGGAUUUUUUGGGCCAGAGCCUGAAGAAGUUCUCCAGGGGCCAGGAGCAGCACUGGUGGAUCGGGUUGCACACCUAUGAAAACGAUGGGCGAUUCAAGUGGUCCGAUGGCUCCCUCCUGAACUUCAUUUCCUGGGCGCCGGGCAAGCCGCGGCCAAUCAGCAAGGAGAAGAAGUGCGUGUACAUGACGGCCAGCAGAGAGGACUGGGGGGACCAGAAGUGUCUAACUGCUCUGCCGUAUAUCUGCAAACGGAGUAACACCACUGCUGUGAAGCCCUCUCUGCCACCACUGCCGACUCCCGUUCCUGGCGGCUGCGCACGGGGCUGGGUCCCGUUCAUCAACAAGUGUUUCAGCAUCAAGGGCUAUGACAAGGCUGAGCAGGUGAAGUGGCAGGAAGCGAAGCAAGUGUGUGAGAGCCAGGGCGCCGUGCUGGCCACCAUCUCCAACCACCUAGAGCAAGCUUUUAUAACCUCCAUCCUUCCCAAUGUGACCUUUGACCUUUGGAUCGGCCUCCACGACGCCAAGCAGGAGUUCCAGUGGGUGGAAUUGGAACCUCUCCGAUACGUCAACUGGGCCCCAGGGGAGCCCUCUGGGUACGGCACCUCCACAGCGAACAACAAACCGACUAACUGCGUGCUGGUUUGGCACGGCUCCCCUCCCCACUUCACGGGCCGCUGGGAUGACAGGAACUGCCUGGAAGAGAAACACGGCUACAUCUGCCAGCGGAGCAUAGACCCAGCUCUGAGCUCAUCCCGGACCAGCUCCCUCCCCUCCCCCAGCUCCCCACUCUCCUACCUCAACAGCACCUACCGCAUCCUGCAGAAACCCCUGAAGUGGCAGGAGGCCCUGCUGCUGUGUGAGACCCGCAACGCCACACUGGCCAGCGUGCUGGAUCCCUACACCCAGGCGUACCUGACCCAGGCCAUCAGCAGCUUGCGGGCCCCGCUCUGGAUCGGCCUGGCUAAUGAGGAGGGAGGCCGGAGCUAUUCGUGGUUCACAGAAGAGAGCUUUUCCUAUGUCAACUGGCAGGACGGGGAGCCUCGGCAGGUCACGGGCUGCUCCUACGUGGAUGUGGAUGGGACGUGGCGGACGGCCGGUUGUGACACCAAAUUGCAAGGGGCUAUCUGCAGGGUCAACACAGGGUCCCCCCCGUCACACAAGUGGAGUUACAGUGGGAGCUGCCCCAAGUCGGUGGAGGAUUCCUCCUGGAUCCCCUUCAGGAAUCACUGCUACACUUUCCACAUGGAGGUCACUCUGGGGCAGAAGGAUGCCAUGAAGAGAUGCCAGAAAGCUGGUGGCACGGUGGUGUCCAUCCAGGAUGAGAUGGAAAACGUGUUCGUUUGGGAGCAUCUCCAAGCCUAUGAGAGUCAGUCCAAGGGUGCCUGGUUAGGGAUGACGUUUAACCCCAAAGGAGGCACCUUGGUUUGGCACGACAACACAGCCAUGAACUACUCCAACUGGGGCCAGCACGACACUGGGCCCAGCAUGCUCAGCCAGAACAGCUGCUACUGGAUCCAGAGCAGUAAUGGGGUGUGGCACCUGGGCUCCUGCUCUAAUGUCACCAUGGGGGUCAUUUGUAAGAUCCCCCGAGUUGAGGAGAGCAGCUUCUCCCGCUCAGCUGUGCCGGACAACACAACCGCCAUUGCCGUGGUCGUCCUCUCAGCACUAGCGCUGUGUGCCUUGAUCGCCCUCGCUGUCCACCUGUACAAGCGCCGGCAGAGCUCCGAGCGGGGCACCUUCGAGAGCGCCCGCUACAGCCGCACCACCUCCAACCCCAGCGAAUCUGCCGAGAAGAACAUUCUGGUGUCUGACAUGGAGAUGAACGAACAGCAAGACUAAUGGAGGGAGCUGGGGGUGGGGGGAGGGACUGAGAGCACCAGGCACACUAUCUCCACAUCAAAUACACAAGGUCAGCAAAGCACAACAGCAGAAUCACUGCAGCUGGGACAGGGAAGAAGAGCCAAAAGGGGUCUGGGGUGGAACCAGGAAAUCAAACACGGGGCCAGCAGCGUCUCCCUCUCGCAUGCUCUGGGAGGCACAAAGCUGCCCCGUCUGCUCCGCAGCACCCAUGGGAGUUUAGGGGAAGGCAGUCUCUAGGCUGCAGGGGGAGGGCAGAACGUCGCCCAGUUAGGGCCUUUCAGAGACCUCCACAGCAGCCAAGGCACCUGCAACCCUGAGGUACUAAUAGCCUCGAGCAUUUAGGGCCAUUAUGUGGCUCUCUGGACUGGCUUCCCACAUAGGAGACAGGCUGGUGGCCAGAGAGAACUUCCUUCCAGGUGAGCGAUCUCUAAACCCAACUUUUCCCCCCAUCCGUGUAUCCAGGUGGGAGGGCUCCCCACCCCUCCCCAAGCGUCUGUGUCUGAGCUAGCUCCAUCACGCCUCCCUGGGUCACUGCAGCACAGACGCUUUCUUCAUCCCUUCCUCAGUUAGCAGAGCAUGGCCACGGGGACUGGAGCGUGGUAUUGCACUAACUCCCCUGGGAUCAGAUCAGAGGCCCUCCUUUCCCAUCCCCCCAGCAGAUACAAGGCAUGAGCACUCCCUUCUCUUCUAGCGCUGUGUCUGAUCGGGGGCGGGUGGGCUGCAAGGGGAUGGUUUUCCAUGUAGCCUUCGUUCCUACGCUGUCAUUUUUCCUGCGCCUUCUCAUCAUGUCACAGUGCAAUUAUAUUUAUUCCAUAGCGUGUCAGAGACGGAAUCCCUUGCCCAUCCCCACCCCACUUUUCCGCUCCUGUGGACUCAAACAGAGCCACAUCCACCAGGUCCGAAUGACUUAGAAAACUGGAAGAUGAGCUGACACUCUUUGUCUCAUAUGCCGACAAGAGGCUGCAAUGAGACUUGAGGCACCAAGCGGCUUGGUCGGUGUCGUUCUGAUUGCAGAUUUCUGACAGGAAGUUCAGAGUAAGGAAUGAAAGGCCCCUGACACUACAAAAUGCUCCUGGGCCAGAUAUGGCCUGGCUACAGAGCUUGCUUACACACAGCAGAUGUGUUCAUUAUACGUUCCUUUAAUGCUCUGCCAGAGAUGGUUGACAUGCAUUUAAAUCAGGUAUUUUACACACACUGCCAUGUGGAGGCUGAGCAGUGUAACAGUUUAUCGUUCCCAUGACUUCACCCCCAUUAAAUUCUACAUUCCUACCUUACAAUAUUUAAACUGUCACAUUGUCUUUGAAGUUCAGUACAUAUCAAUCUAAGUGCCUCUGAAUCAUACUGUUCUUCUAAUUAGACAACCCAAACAUGGAACACUUGGCCAUCUGGCGGGCUGUUAGUUGGAAUCUUCGAGGAGUCCUUCUGCCUCUGCCAUGUGCAGAGUUUGCUCUGUUGAUUGUUCUUUCUGAGGAACAAACAGUAGAUGUCAAUGGUUUGGGUUGAACUCUCCACUGUUGGUCUCAGUCUCACAUGAUCUGGGUGCUGAAUUCUUUUUCUUUACGACAGCUAGAGUUGCCCAUCCUUUUUCUCCAUCCAGUUUGACGUGAGCAGUCACCAGGUUCUAGACCUGGUGGUUCUGUGAGUGGUGUUUGUUCUAAAAGUGUCCAUAAGCUCUUUUAGCCUUGUUAUCCAAUUUGGCUACUCUCUUCAUGUGUGGCUAUUUUGGAAAUAUGUUCUUUUCCAAAGCUGGAACAGAAGGUGUGAGUUGUCCUCCCAUCAGGAGUGGUGCUGGACUAUAUCCAGUAGCUGCCGCUGUUGCUGAUUUGUGACUCAGACAAGCAAUGAAUGAAUCUUCCUGCUGCAGGACUUUCCUGUCUGCCUGUAAAGCUUUCUCAUCUCUCCAUUUGCUUGUGAGUAAUAUAGGAUGCUAGUAAUAUGAUCAAAAUCAUUAUUUCGUUUGGAAUUACUUAAAUUCUGCUGCAGUGAGUUAUGGUCCAUUGUUCAUCACUAGUUGUCCUGAAAUACCGAAGUGUGCAAAAGUGCAUUUCAGUUCCUCCAUCACACUGCAACAUGUUAUGUUUUUCAAGUACAUUAUUUCUAUAUAUCUGGGAAAAUAGUCCCCAAUGACCAGGUAAUGAUGUCCUCUGAAUUCACAUAAAUCUGGGGCUAGUCUCUUGCCAGAUCUGUCUGGUAGAGAUGUUUGUACACUAUAUGGUUCAGCAUUAUUUCUGAAGUUAAUUUGUACUGGAUCGCCUCUCAAAAGUCCAAUAUCAUCAAAUCCUCCACUGAGUUCUUCCACCUUUCUCACUAGGCCUAUCAUGACUGCCAUGCUGCAGUUGAGAAGGUUGUUCAUUUUUGAUCCUGUGCACUCUGAAUGCAAAAUGUUUGUAAGUUGUUUCGAUGGUGAACUGGCCCAUGCAGUUCAGAAUACCACCAAGGCUAAUCAGAGCUGUGUCAGGUGAGCUCUGGGAGGUGUGGAAGAUGAUUGAGUGUCUCUUCUGACAUGACUGUGACAUCAGCUUCUGCAUCAAUUUUAAAGUCAAUAGUCUUGCUAUGAAUAUUCAGUUUCACUCUCCAGGCAGGUUCUGUGUCAUCACAAGUGGUAGAUCGCAGAAACAAUGGCUCUUAAUUGUCUGUAAUAUGAGUCACCUCCUGACUGCUUUGGUGCAGCAAAUAGCUGGAAAAUUUCCAUAUUUCCUGCAUUUAUUACACCAUGUGCCUCUGGCUGGAUUUGCAUCGUCUCCUGGGAUAUGACUUUGUCCACACCAUGUACAUGUAGGCUGGAAUUUGUCCCUCUGAGCCUGGAAGUUCUUUCUCCUUGCCUCAGGGGCUUUGUGAUAAUGACUUUUAACACUCAAGUGUCUUUUUACAGUUUCUAAACUAGUAGGUUUUUCAAGUUGAUCUGGGUUUUGCUGUCUCACUAGCUCAGAAUGCUUUGCUCUCUGUAUAGCUAUGGCUAGAAUUAAAUCACUCUUCAGUUGUAGCUGCUGUGAAAGGUUGUUAAUCUGUUAACCCAGUAGCUAGCCUCUCUCUGAUAUUUUCAUGUUUUGCAUUUCCAAAACAUGAAAAUUGUAUGCAUAGCUCUUAUAAAGCAUUCAACAUUUUCCCCUGGUUCUUGAAUUCUUUGGUGAAAACAAUGCUCUUUCAUAAACCACAUUUCUCUGAAGUAUAAAGUAUGCAUCAAACAUAGCCAGAACCCUUUCAUGGUCAUCUUUGUCUUCAGUAAAGUCAAGGAUUUAAAGAUACGAUCUGCUUGUUUCCCCAUAGCAUAAAUUAAAGAAGAUACCUAUAUAUCAGUUUCCUUGUUGAGCUUGGUAGCCAUGUGAAACUUGCAAAAUAUGGUUUUCAGUCUGUCCAUUGUAAAGGUUUGUCAAAGCUGAAGUUCUCUGGGGCACUGAGAUCCUGCAACCUUUGUUGCUUUGUUCCUUCUACACCUCU